CCAGAAACAUUUCAAAAACAUUUGUAAAAGAAGAAAAAGUUUAUAAAACACAUAGGUACAUACAUACGUAACUAAUAAAUUUUAUUCUUAAAAUCGUAUCGUUUUAUAUCUAUGUUGAGAUUUUUUCAACACCGAACAAUCAGAAACAUGUCAUCCGCAUCAGGAAUAGUCGAAAGUACAAUAAGAAAUAAAUUAUUAACAAUUUUAGAAUCAAAGCAUGUCCAGGUGAUAAAUGAAUCCUACAUGCACAAUGUACCGAAAGGAGCUGAAACACACUUCAAAGUAGUAGUUGUUUCAGAAAAAUUUGAUGGUUUACCUCUUAUAAAAAGACAUCGUUUAGUCAAUGAACUACUGGCAGAAGAACUUCAAAAUGGUGUACAUGCACUAUCAAUAGUAGCAAAAACACCUAAACAAUGGGAGGAAAGUGAUAAACUGGUUGAGAACAGUCCCAACUGUAGAGGAGGAUUUGGUAAAUAAACUAUAAGUCAUCAAUGCUUUUGAUGUCACAUAGUUGAUCAAGCCUAGACCAAUUGUCUAGUUAUUGACUAAGACAACAGAAAAAAUCUGUGGUUGUGUGUGGUGUAAAUUGUAUUGCGUGGUGUAAAGAUGGUUGUUACUACUAUGAUUUAAAAAGGUUAUUUAUAAUUAUUGAUUAUUAUUCAUUGUUGUGUUAUUAAAAUAAAAUAAAAUCCUUAGUUACAUUUUUUAUUUAUUUGAUCUAGUCCUGUAAAAUUCCAAAUAUCCAGAUGCAGUUAAACAUCACAGUCUGGUUACUGAUGUCUGCUUGAAUGUUUAUUAUAAACAUAGUUUAAUUUACAAAAUGUAUUUUCUAAUUUAUUAUAUCCCUUUUACAAUGCACAAAAUAAUUAUCAGGUUUCUAAAUUACUAAACAUAUUUGAAAUUAUGCAAUAUAAAUCAAUGACCAGACUCCACAAUAUCCUUCCCAUAACAGUAAGGUCGAUAACACUGAAGAGACACAUAACACAGAUUUGACAUGGAAGAAAGAUCUUAAUAUUGUUUUGUUACAGUUUGUGAUCUGAACAAAUUAACUCAAAAUGAAUUAUAAUCGGUAAUUAUAUUUGGUUUUUCACCUACGCUAUAUUUACUGAAAUUUUUAUGUGGAGCCUCUGUCUAAAAAUCAGAUGGCAUAUAAGAAAACUCCCAGGAGGUGGAAGAACUGUGACUAUGUAUAAUAAAUCAUUCCAAAUUUGAUGUAUUUGUAAAUGUAGAAUUUAUUUUCAUUCAUUAGUUAUUUUCUUUGUAUAGUUGUUGUCUAUGAAAUAAAACUACUUCAUACAACAAGCCAGAGCUUCAAUCAGAAAUCAGAAUUUGCCUUCUGUGACAAUAUAAAAGCUACACUAUAUCCCUAAAAAUAGUUUUGAAAAAUACCAUUUUUGUAACUACACUUAUACAAUCAGCUGCUAAGCAUUUAUAGAAAAUAAUAUACUAUUUUAGAAAACUAACAUUUAUCUAAAUGCUAACCAGUGAUAAAGCAUACAGUAGGCCUUCUGGAGUAGGUACCACCACCCCGCCUAUUUUUGACGCGACACUGUCAUACGAACCAAUCCGAAGGGCCCGACGAUCGCUAUAUAAUAUUACGUUCAUGAUUAAACAUUGGUAUGUUAGUCUUAAAUUCUAUGCAAAAUACUUAACUUUAUUACAAUUUGUGAAAAUCUAUUAUUAUAAGAAUUCAAUGCACAUCUAUUGAACAAAAACUAUUUUACAUAAACAUAUGUAUGUACAGACCAGCUGAUUUGCUUAAGAUUACCGGUUAUUCAAGAGAUAAACUGUAAUCUCAAAAAAUAUUGAACUUAUGAAAUUUUAGACCUCAAUUAAGGUCACACAUCAUUGUAGAAUUUACGAAAUAUGUACAAACUUACAUCAAAAUGAUCUUCACAGAAAUAAAUUGAAAUUUUUAGACUUAAACUUGUUGGAUCUCGUUGUGC